AGGGGAAGCAUCAUGAGCUUGGGUCUUCACCUCCAAUGGCGUCCAUGGCGGCCGUCUUCUGCAAACCCUCCCACCAAGCUCCCCUACGCUUCACCAAAAUCCCCCCGUCGCCGCCGCCGCCGGCUCUGCGGGUCAGGACCAACACCACCCAUCAUCGCCAACUCCGGGUCUCGGCCGGUCUAAUCGAACCGGACGGCGGGAAGCUGGUGGAGCUCCUCGUGGACGAAUCCAUGAGGGGAUUGAAGAAGCGGGAGGCGUUGUCUCAGCCGCGAAUCAAGCUGUCCCGAAUCGAUCUGCAGUGGGUCCACGUGCUGAGCGAGGGCUGGGCCACCCCUCUUUCUGGGUUCAUGAGAGAACCCGAGUUCCUCCAAACGCUUCAUUUCAACUCCCUCCGCCUCGCCGGCGCCGGGGUUGUUAAUAUGUCGGUGCCGAUUGUUUUGGCCAUCGACGAUGCCGUAAAGCAUCGGAUCGGCGCCUCCUCCGACGUCGCCCUAUUCGCCUCCGAUGAUCGUCCGGUGGCCAUUCUCAAAGACAUUGAGAUCUACAAGCACCCCAAGGAAGAAAGGAUUGCAAGAACAUGGGGAACCACAGCUUCAGGUCUGCCUUAUGCUGAUGAGGCUAUUAAGAAUGCAGGAAAUUGGCUGAUAGGAGGUGAUCUAGAGGUCAUAGAACCGAUCAAGUACCACGACGGCCUCGACCGUUUUCGGUUAUCACCAGCAGAACUUCGCAAGGAGUUCACCAGGCGCAACGCCGAUGCAGUGUUUGCUUUCCAGCUUCGCAAUCCCGUGCACAACGGUCACGCUCUGCUGAUGACUGAUACGCGUCGUCGGCUUCUUGAUAUGGGCUAUGAGAACCCCAUCCUCUUGCUCAAUCCAUUGGGUGGCUACACCAAGGCUGAUGAUGUUCCCCUUAACUGGAGAAUGAAACAACAUGAAAAGGUGCUUGAGGACGGUGUUCUUGAUCCAGAGACGACCGUCGUCUCCAUUUUCCCAUCGCCGAUGCACUAUGCCGGGCCGACCGAGGUGCAGUGGCAUGCCAAGGCAAGGAUCAAUGCCGGGGCAAACUUCUACAUCGUCGGUCGAGAUCCCGCAGGCAUGGGCCAUCCGACCGAGAAAAGGGAUCUUUAUGAUGCUGACCAUGGGAAGAAAGUAUUGAGCAUGGCACCUGGGCUAGAGCGCUUGAACAUCCUUCCUUUCAAGGUCGCUGCAUAUGACAAAACUCAAGGGAAAAUGGCAUUUUUUGACCCCUCAAGACCUCAGGAUUUCCUUUUCAUAUCAGGCACAAAGAUGCGAACUCUUGCACGGAACAAGGAAAACCCUCCAGAUGGAUUUAUGUGCCCCGGUGGCUGGAGCGUGUUGGUCGAAUACUAUGACAGUUUGAUUCCAGCAAACAAUGGGAGGAUCCCCAAACCUGAAGCUGUACCAGCCUAAACAAACUUAUGUAUCUUGUUUGUAAUAUAAAUUUGAUGUUCUGUUGGGUGUCCUAAGCUGAACAAAGUCACAAGCUCUGUUUCAUCUGUUGUAACAUUAAGAGUGAUGCUCUCCUUUGAAGUUGGUUGCUGGAUUUUAGUGUUGAUGUGAUAAAUUUAGGCAUGUUGUAAUAUAAAGUUUGAUUAUAGCUCUGUGAUUAUGAAUGAGUUCUGUUUAAUCAAGUGAAUCAUUAACAUUAA